GAAUCAGAACCUCUCGAACAAGCUCUCGAGUCUCGACAAUCCCAUUCUGCCCCUGUCACAAGUAUAGUUGCUUUCUCGACCGUCACCCUUGCUCACCGCCAUCGUUUCGAUUCCAAUUUUCCAUCCUCCAAUCUUCCAUAACGCAUUACACAACUAAAUUGGAUUUGGGAACUUUGACAUCAAGAAUUCAGAUUCCACAUUUGCAGAUCAUCAAGAACUUUGCUGAUGUCUCAAUGGAAGGAUGAUGCACUUAUAAGCGAAUCUUUCAUUGGGGAAGAAAAAGACGAUAAUCAAGAUAAAGAUGUCGAGGAAACUGUAGUUUCAGAUGAUGACUUAAUAGACUAUUCUGUCAAGCCUGAGUUCUAUGAUCCAAAUCUCGACGAUAAAGACCAAUUGUGGAUUCAAAAGAAAAGGAAAGGUCAAUAUUCUGAUGCUGUGCUCAGCUGUCCUGCAUGUUUUACAACCCUAUGCCUGGAGUGUCAAAGGCAUGAAAAAUAUGUGACCCAAUACCGAGCAGUGUUUGUGGUAAAUUGCAAGAUGAAGAAAGGGCGAGUAGUAUCCGAUGAAGGAAGUUUGAAACGGAAAAGAGUUAGAAAAGAGGAAUCAAAGUCAUUUACUUCGGUUUGUUGCUCGGUUUGCGAGACUGAGGUUGGGGUCAUCGAUGACGAUGAAGUUUACCAUUUUUUCAAUGUUCUUCCCAGCGAGCCUUGAUAUGCUUUCAUAAUUGUGUUUUUAACUUCACAUAAUUCAAACAGGACCUUAAUUGUUAGUCUAAUAUGUUAACUGUUGCUUGGGCUUUGUUUUAUUUUGGUCCAAAUCA